AUGAAAACUACACAGACCCGUCUCGCAGCUGUUGCGGCUUUGGCAUCUAGCGUGACAGCCAUUGACUGCUCCAAGGACUCUUUGCAGUCUGCCUUUUCGUCUCUUGCUACUGUGGACUUUGCGACUUGGAUGCCUGCGAAUUCGACUUUUACUGUUCCCAAGGCUGAUAUUGCGUAUCCGACUUCACCGACUCAAUUGAGGGCUGCAUGUGCAGUUCAAGUCUCGGUCAAGAACGGUACCUCGAAUUAUGGCUUUGGUGUCUUUUUACCUGAUGAUUGGAAUGGUAGAUUCCUUGCUGUUGGAAAUGGUGGCUUUGCUGGCGGUAUCAACUGGCUAGAUAUGGGAGCUGGUCUGGGCUAUGGCUUUGCUGUCAUGUCUACGGAUACUGGACACAACAGCUUGAACAACAACGGCACGUGGGCUUAUCAUAAUGAAGGUGCCGUCUUGGACUGGGGAUAUCGCGCAAUGCAUGGCUCGACCGUUCUCGCCAAGCAACUGACGACUGCAUACUAUGCGAAUGAUAUCCUCUACAGUUAUUACAGUGGAUGCUCCACUGGUGGCAGACAAGGUCUUCGAAACCUCCAACUUUACCCCGAAGACUUCGAUGGUGUGGUAGCCGGAGCACCCGCAUGGUGGACAAACCACCUCCAACCAUGGACCUCCAAAGUCGGAAGCUACAACCUCCCCAACACAUCAGCUCACCACAUCCCUCCCUCCCUCUUCCCAGCCAUCGGCGCUGAAGUAAUGCGUCAAUGCGACGGCGCAGAUGGUGUAAUCGACACAAUCGUCUCUGACCCAAACGCCUGCGACUUUAACCCCGAUUACCUCCUCUGCACACCCAACAAAACAACUUCUUGCCUCACCCCUGUACAGCUAAACACCCUGCAUCAGAUCUACAGCGAUUACGUCGAUACUAAUCAGACUUUUGUAUUCCCUCACCUCUGGCUAGGCAGUGAAGCCCAAUGGAUCCCUCUCCUCGGCGGCACUUCCAACACCCCCAACAACCUCGGCCCCCACUACAUCCAAUACUUUUUGAAUCGCGGUCCUUCCUGGCAAUGGCAAGAUUUCGACUAUGGAGUAAUCCAACAAGCCGACGCCACAGACCCCGGAAACGCCACAGCAGACGAUUUCGACCUCUCCCCCUUCCUCGCCCGCGGAGGAAAAUUACUCCAUUAUCACGGUAUGAGUGACGGUCUAAUCCCCACCGGCUCCUCCGUAUACCUACACUCUCAAAUCCUUCGCACAUUGGCCCCCAAAGGCAUAAAUCUAGAUUCCUUUUAUCGCUUUUUCCUCGUGCCGGGAAUGCAACAUUGCACUGCUACACCCAGCAAUAUAAACGCGCCUUGGUACUUUGCAGGCGCUAAUCAAGCCGCCACACUUGGGUCUGGUGUUUCUGGUGUCCCCGGGUUUAGGGAUGCUAAACACGAUAUUUUGCUUGCUGUCAUGCAGUGGGUGGAAAUGGGUGUUGCGCCAGAGGAAAUCGUGGCGACGAAAUGGGUUAACGAUACGCUGCAGGACAAGGUCUUGAGGCAGAGACCGUUGUGUAUGUGGCCGAAGAAGCAAAAGUGGAGUGGAGAGGGUGAUGUUAAUGAUGCUGAUACUUGGUCUUGCCAGUGA